AACAACACAUUUGAUGCAGCACUCUAUGGCAAUGUCACUUUGAUCUGGAAAUUUGCAUUCAAGUUGGACCCUGAAAGUAAUUUAGUUGUGCACAUCCAGAAAAGUGAAGAAUCUUCAGUGGACAUUAUUCAUUUAGAUCAAAAAGUACUAAAAGUGUUCCCAAACUUCGUUGGAAGAGUUGAACUACUGCAAAACACUUUCUCAAAUGGAGUUGUUGCUCUAAAGAUGGACAACGUCAUCGUCCCAGACACUGGAGCAUACAAGUGUUUUACAUUGAUGUCUUCUAAAAAAUCAGAUGCACUCUAUGGAGAUCAGGGACUGUGUCAUUUAAAAGUUCGAGCCCCAUGGUACCCAGUCCAUAAAAGCAAUGUGUCCAUUGGGAGUGGGGUAUACACCCUUCGCUGUGACGCUGAAGGGUAUCCCCAAGGUAAUAUCACCUGGACAGAUGGACAUGGGAAGAAGUUAACUGACCAGGCCAAGCUCACAGCCAGCAUUACCUCAGAGCGGCUUAUUCACAUCGACAGCCAGUUGAAUGUCACCAUCACCAGCAGCAGCAGCUACACCUGCACUGUCAUGGACGACAGAGGAGUCUCUCAGGCUGCCACCUUUGUGUUUCCUGGUAUGAUGGAAAAUAUGAUUGUCACAUAA